GAAGCACGCCCCCCGCCCCAGGCCCAGCAUGCGCUUGUCGUUGAGGAGGGCACUGCUGGCAGCUGGCUUCGCCCUGGCCCUGGUGCUGGCGGUCCAGCUGGGGCAGCAGGUGCUGGAGUGCCGGGCGGUGCUGGGGGGCCCGCUGGGCCCCUGUCGGACCAUGCAGCCGGAGCAGGAGGACCGGGUGAUGGUGGGCGCCGACCACAUGGAGUACCGCUACGGCAAGGCCGUGCCGCUUAUCUUCGUGGGGGGCGUGCCCCGGAGCUGCACCACGCUGAUGCGCGCCAUGCUGGACCCCCACCCCGAGGUGCGCUGCGGCGAGGAGACCCGCAUCAUUCCCCGCGUGCUGGCCAUGCACCAGGCCUGGUCCCAGUCUGGCCGGGAGAAGCUGCGGCUGGACGAGGUGGGCGUGACGGACGAGGUACUGGAUGCCGCCAUGCAGGCCUUCAUCCUGGAGGUGAUCGUCAAGCACGGUGAGCCGGCCCGCGUCCUCUGCAACAAGGACCCCUUCACGCUCAAGUCGUCCGUCUACUUGUCGCUCCUGUUCCCCAACUCCAAGUUCCUGCUGAUGGUGCGGGACGGCCGGGCCUCCGUGCACUCCAUGAUCACCCGCAAGGUCACUAUCGCCGGCUUCGACCUCAGCAGCUACCGCGACUGCCUCACCAAGAGGAACAAGGCCAUCGAGGUGAUGUAACCUCAGUGCAUGGAGGUGGGCAAGGACAAAUGCCUGCCCGUGUACUAUGAGCGGCUGGUACUGUACCCCCGGCGCUCCCUCAAGCUCAUCCUCGACUUCCUCGGCAUUGCCUGGAGCGACGCCGUCCUGCACCACGAGAAUCUCAUCGGCAACCCCGGGGGCGUCUCCCUGUCCAAGACUGAGCGAUCCACAGACCAGGUCAUCAAACCCGUAAACCUGGAAGCUCUCUCCAAGUGGACUGGCCACAUCCCCAGGGAUGUGAUUAGGGACAUGGCCCAGAUCGCCCCCAUGCUGGCUCGGCUCGGCUACGACCCCUAUGCAAACCCACCCAACUACAGCAAUCCCGACCCCAUUGUCGUCAACAACACACACCGGGUCUUGAAAGGGGACUGUAAAGCACCAGCCAAUCUGAAGGGCUAUUUUCAGGUGAACCAGAACAGUACCUCCUCCCACUUAGGAAUCUCACGAUUUCCUGAUCUCUGCAAAUGGCUUUGUUGCCGGAAGAGAAGAAACUGCAUUCGAGUGGAAAUCGAACCUCUAAUCCAAGCAUAUUGCUUGCUGUUAAUUGCCAAAUCAGGACUGCUUGACCACCGUGGUGGCUUUGUUUGCCAGGACAAGGCCCGCCACCUGUGCCUCUCCCACUAA